GGCUCAGUCUCGGUUUACUUUUCUGUAAUCUGUGGUAUAAUAUUUAAUCUGCGGGUUUUUACUGGCGAGUGGCGGUCAAAUUAAAAUAAAUAUGAAAAUACUUCUCUGGUGACAAUGAGACUCUUGUUUCUUUUUUUCGUUAUUUACACGACUGACGCUAAAUUAAAUGUGGAUUACAAGGUAGUGGAAAGUAAUAUAGCUGAACAUGUGGGUAAACCCUAUGCUCCAGACUGGAAGGACUUGGAUACUCGCCCUUUACCAGAAUGGUACGAUAAGGCAAAAAUUGGUAUAUUCAUGCACUGGGGAGUUUAUUCUGUGCCGAGUUUCGGAUCUGAAUGGUUCUGGAGCAACUGGAAAUCUGGUGACAACAAGUCGAUAGAGUUUAUGAACAAAAACUAUCCUCCAGGGUUCACAUAUCAAGACUUUGCACCAAUGUUCACUGCAGAGUUCUUUGAUGCAGAUGCUUGGGCUUCAUUAUUUUAUAAAGCUGGAGCAAAGUAUAUCAUCCUAACAAGCAAACAUCAUGAUGGUUACACACUAUUCCCAUCAAGGCGCUCAUUUAGUUGGAAUGCAAUGGAAGUUGGACCAAAGCGUGACUUAGUCGGUGAAAUAGCGCAAGCUGUAAGAAAGAACAACUUAAAAUUCGGUGUUUACCAUUCUCUAUAUGAAUGGUUCAACCCCAUUUACUUAGAAGACAAAAAAAACUUAUAUCUAACUAAAAACUAUCCAAUGACAAAGUUGUGGCCUGAUCUUAAACAGAUUGUUCAUGAUUAUGAGCCCUCUGUGAUAUGGUCGGAUGGUGAUUGGGAAGCCUUUGAUGCAUAUUGGAAUUCAACCGAUUUGCUUGCUUGGUUGUACAAUGAGAGUCCAGUUAAAGAUGAAAUAGUUGUCAACGAUAGAUGGGGUAUUGGUAUCCCUUGCCAUCAUGGUGACUUUUAUAACUGUGCAGAUAGAUAUAAUCCUGGUAAACUGCAGAAUCAUAAAUGGGAGAACGCUUUCACGCUCGACUCAAAGUCGUGGGGCUAUAGAAGGAAUAUGGCAUUGCACGAAAUACUCUCCAUUGAUCAGUUGCUGAAAGAAGUGGUAUCAACUGUGAGCUGUGGAGGCAACGCUCUAAUAAAUAUAGGACCAACUAAGGAAGGCACAAUCGCGCCGAUAUUCCAAGAACGACUACUGACUCUUGGCCGCUGGCUGUUGAUAAACGGCGAAGCGAUAUACGGUUCUUCACCGUGGAUUCAUCAAAACGAUACAUACAACGCGAAUGUUUGGUACACGUGCACUAAACAAGAGUAUGACGCUGAACGCCCUACGUCGCGUCCUAAACCGUCUGACGUAAUAACAUCAGUGUACGCGGUAUUCCUCCACUGGCCGAGAGACAAUAUGCUGAAAUUGCGCGAUAUUGCGCCGUAUCUACACACGGGCACUUAUAAAGUCCAGUUGCUUGGCAAUGAAGGAACCUUGAACUGGAAGAUCUCCUCGGGUGUUGCCCUCAUACCGUUACCCGAUAAAGCUAUAGUCGAAUCGAAACACGCUUGGACACUGAAAUUUACACAAAAAUAAUUAACGGGCAAGGUACGUCACAAAUUCUUUCGCAAGUCCUUUUCACGGAAGAAAAUAAAAGGAAUUUUUUUAUGACAUUGGGGGGCGGUUAAUAGUGUAACCACGUACAAUUAUUAGAAUUUGUAUAUUAUAUGUACAGUUAUAUAGAGAUAUGAGGCGAUAAUUUGAUGUAAGGGCUGUCACUAUCUAUCAUUUAGUUUUGCAGGUAUUUCGAAGAAAUUAUAUCAUCGUUGUGGGCAUAGAAUAAAGAACAUACAGAACCCUCAUUCAGCCAUUAUUGCAUGAAGUGCAGUGUGCCCAAAAAAGUGACAACAUCCCGCGCACGUUUGUCUUCACACCCGCAGAAUAUUGCUACAUCACAAAAUGUUCUCAUUUUCCCUAUUUAAUGGUACACUUUUAGAGCAUUAGUAAAAUAAUUACUGUUUACUGUUAAAUUUAAGGAAGUAAUUAACCGCCAGUUCAAGAAACUCUACUACUAAGUUAGUUGCUUCAAUAUUUGUCAUGUACGCGGUUUCUGUAAUCUCUUAAUUCUGUGGCUGUGGAUCCGAAACUUUAUUAAAACAUGUCAAUCAAACACGAAGUUUUAAUACGUUAUAUAGUAGAAUUUAAUCGAUUUCGAGAUACCGUUGCUAAAUAAUUGAGUACGAUGCUUUAAGUAACGCUUAACAACAUAUAACAUUGUAGUAUCGUCCAUAGUGUUUGCGAGACUGCGUGUAAAGGUUCCUACACAGAUUUUUCGGUUCGAAUAUUUUUUUUAAGAUAAAUGUCUUAGGUACCAUCCGACAGUCAUGGAUCGAUUGAUGUGGUAGCUUUGACUGGUCUUUUACCGCGCAAAACAAAAAAUCGAAUCCAAAAUCUUUAGAUUACAGAUUUAAUCCAGUAAUAUUCUCCGUAUCUAUAGGAAAGAGUCUACCAUCUUAAGAUUUUGGAUUAGAUUAUUAAUUCCGGCCGAUAAAACACUGUAAAAUUCAGUUCCGAUUCGAUCGAUUGCGAUGUAGCAUCCAAAUUAUUGACAUCGGCUACCCGCACACACAUCAAUAUUAUUGUCAAUAAUCUCCAUAUAAUAAUAAUGGAUGUGUGUGACCGCGAGGUGUUUACAAGAAUUGAAGUGUUGAUAGUAUAUGAAAUAGUAUAUGAUUGUUAAUAUAUGAAUCAAUAUUUGUAAUGACAAUAAUGAUGACCGUGCGUUGGGAGCCAUUGUUUUAUAAGAUGUAGCAAAAACUGACAAUAGUUAAAGCCUUAUAUAAAUUUCUAAGAAAAAAUUGAAGAGAUUUUUCAAGAUUUAUUCAGCAAAAAACCUACAAUAUAAUCCUGUGUGAAUGUAGCCUUAGUCGUCCUUUUAAUGUUUCAAACUGAAAUCCUCAUCACUUCAACCGAUCGACGUCCACAGCUACGACACAGGUCUUUUGUAGAGAGUUCCAAAAUCCACGGUCCUGGGCCGCUUGUUUCCAGCGGCUCCCAGCGACUCGUUUG